AUGGCAUCAAUCGCACGAUCCCUCCGGCCCGUGGCCUCGCGAUUCUCCGUCGGCUCUUGCAGAAGCGCGGCGCCUUGCAAGGCCUCGCAAUUCCAAAGGCGAGCCUUCUCUGCGUCGCCGAUUGCGCAGGUCAAGAAAUACACCAAGGACCAUGAAUGGGUCGAGCUGUCCGAGGAUGGCAAGACGGGAGUCAUUGGUAUCUCCGACUACGCGGCGCAUGCUCUCGGUGACGUGGUUUACGUCGAGCUCCCAACCACGCCCAUGGAGGUCGCAGCAGGAGACUCCAUCGGCGCAGUCGAGUCCGUGAAGUCGGCUUCAGAUAUCAACGCACCCAUCAGCUGCACCAUCACCGCCGUCAACGACCUGCUGGAGGAGAAGCCAGGGACGAUCAACAAGGGGCCAGAGGACGAUUCUUCUUCGGGGGGGUGGAUUGCCAAGGUAGAGGUGGGGGAGCUUGGAGCGCAGGAUCUGAAAAACCUAAUGACUGCGAAGGAAUACAAGGAGUUCACGGAGGAAGCCUAG